UAGGGCAAGAAGAGCUUUGUUAGAGCCUGGGAUUGAAUUGGGCACCUUGAGAUGUACAGCUUCCCACUCUCCUGGUUGAGCUAUUUAAGCAGCCUCUCCGUGCCUGCCUCUGCUCUGGGCCUGGGGACUGGAGGGAGCUGCACACACAGCUGUAGAAUGGGGGUACGUGGAGCCUAGGGUGCAGGAUGGGGACGAUCUGAGCUGCCCCUCCUAGCUCCCAAAAGGGCAGGUGAGACCCCGCCUCUAGACAGAGACUUUUGAGUGCUAGGUGGGUGACAGAAGCACAAGAGUUUAGCAUCUAGGAGAGUGACAGGCACUAAAUAGGUCAUUUCACUACUGAAGAUUUAAUUAAUGGAGCUAAGUGAUCUGAGAGAAAAGUUUAGGGAGGAACAAGGUGGUGAUUCUUGUGGGUCAGGGAAGGCUUCCCAGAGGAGGUGGUGCCUGUGCUGAGAUGAGAUGGAAUGAGAAGGGUAACUGUAAAGACUGGUUUCAACCUAAGAACAGCAUGCAGCUGAUACAGGGUUUAACCAGGGGAAGAGUGUGACCAGAUCUCCAAUCUAGAAAAGAGCCCCCUCUCUGCAGGGCAGAGUGUAUGUAGCCUGGGGUGGAGGGUGAGGGGCAGGAAGUGUGGGGAAACCAGGGAGGCCAGUGCAGUGUCCAGGGGAGAGAGGAUGCUAGCUAAAACAAGCAGUAAUUAGGAGAAAGAAGUGGAUAAAGGGUCAUUUGGGAUGUGAAAUAAGGCUUAGCCAUGGGUAGAGCCCAGCAUGCCUACGAGCCACCAGAUGGACAGCCACGGUGCCCCUCUUGAGAGAGGGGAGACAGCAUCUGAGACAUGGAAGACGGAAGGAUCAGCAUCACCUUGGCCGAGGACUGAGCCUCGGUGUUUGAGGUUUUAGGAAGGAGGCAAAGGCAGCAAAAGAGAGGCAGGAGUUGGGAGAAGGACAAAUGGCAGACAUGACUGACGCUGUUGGAAGGCCACCAACAAUGAGAACAGAGACCUGGUCAAUGUGACAGCCUCAGGGCUUUGGGACCUGAGGUUAGAGUUGGGGUCAUGGUAGGCAGAGCUCGGGGCUCAGGCUGGACAGUGGCCAGAGAGGAGGGAUUUGUCCCUCUGUUCAGACAGAGGGCCCAGGAGCAGCAUGGAGAGCCAGGCAAGGGGCAUCUCCCCCUUCCCAAGCUGCCUAGGACCAGAGCUGAAGGUGAAAGUGAAAGAGAAGAUGCAGAAAAAAGGGGCCGGCAUGCUCUGAGGGAAGGUGAAAGCAAAAGGAGGAAGCUCAGUAGUGCAGCCAGAGAGAGGUCAAGUCUUCGGCCUUCCUCCCUCCGUGUUGAUCCCACUCCUCUGACCCCCUGCCCACCUGGAGAUGCAGAAGACAGCGCUAGAACCCCAAAAGGGCUUCUCCUUCGAAAACUGCGAGAGAAACGCAGCCUUGGAACGCUCCCUCCCGGGGCUCCGUGUCCCUCAUGCACGCAAGACCGGAACCACCAUCGCAGGCCUUGUGUUCCGAGACGGGGUCAUCCUGGGCGCGGAUACGCGGGCCACUAACGAUUCGAUCGUGGCGUACCAGAGCUGCGAAAAGAUCCACUUCAUCGCCCCUAAAAUCUACUGCUGUGGGGCUGGAGUAGCCGCGGACGCAGAGAUGACCACGCGGAUGGCGGCGUCCAACAUGGAGCUACACGCGCUGUCCACAGGCCGCGAGCCCCGCGUGGCCACCGUCACCCGCGCGUUGCGCCAGACGCUCUUCCGGUACCGGGGCUACGUGGGCGCCUCGCUGAUUGUGGGCGGUGUAGACUUCACCGGACCGCAGCUCUACAGCGUGCACCCCCACGGCUCCUACAGCCGUCUGCCCUUCACGGCCCUGGGCUCCGGCCAGGAUGCGGCCCUGGCAGUGCUGGAGGACCGGUUCCAGCCGAACAUGACGCUGGAGGCAGCACAGGAGCUGCUGGUGGAAGCCAUCACUGCAGGGAUCCUGGGUGACCUGGGCUCUGGGGGCAGUGUGGAUGCAUGUGUGAUCACUGGGACCAGCGCCAAGCUGCUGCGAACACUGAGCUCUCCCACAGAACCUAUAGAGAGGUCCAGACAGUACCGCUUUGCCCCUGGGACCACAGCUGUCCUGUCGGAGACAGUGAUGCCACUGACCCUGGAGCUGCUGGAGGAAACUGUGCAGGCCAUGGAUGUGGAGUGAAAGCAUGGCAGGGAGCUGAACCUCCACAGCUGCCUGGCCUCAGUCCUGGGACUUUGGCUCAAGGAUGAAGAGAACCAUAAAGCCAGGCCCAGUUCUCAACCUCAUGCCUGCCACAAUGUUGCUGCUCAGCCUGCUCCUUACCCUGGUCCUCCUUGGCUCCUCCUGGGGUGAGUGGGCCUGGCCCAGCCCUGACUGAACAGCCUUAGGGCAACCCAGCUCCCAGCACCAGCCCAGGCUUCCUGCUCAGGGGCUCAGGGAAGGGGCCAGGCUGGCUAGAAGGGAAGCAGGUGGACAGAGUGGGCAAAGGAAAAAGGAUGUGGCAAGGCUGGGAGGACGCAAGAGGGGGUCAGGGGCCAGUCUCACAAAUGGGACAGGAGCUUGGGCUGGGCCCAAGAGCCAGGGAGGGUUUAGGAAGCUGAGAAGCAAAGGUUGAACGUGUAGUUUAGGAAGAGCCUUCUGGCUGCAUGUGGGGUAUGGACCGUUGAGGUCUGGAGGGAGUGAAGAGGCUAGGAAGGAGACGGGAAUAUUCCUGGGGACAG